UAUUUCGACUAAAGCCCGACUGGAUUUUAUUCGAAGCCUCCUCACUUUCGACGUCACAAGGCAAAGCCGUUGGCUAUCAGGGUUUCGGCGGCGCCUUCGCUUUAUUGCUCACUGGCCUUCCUCGGUGCGCUUAGGCCUCUCUCCACCGCGAUUUAGUGCUUUUCUUUGGCUGGAGACGCGUAAAUAGCUCGAAUGAGCAAAGUUGAGAGCUCGUUGGUUGGGGGUUUUUAGCCUCAAAUCCUUUGAUCAAGUUAUGGGAAGUUGUUUACGCAGAGAAAGUAUGUAUUCUAGGUGUUGUCUACUCAGCCGCUUAGAGGGUUGUUCUAGCAAACCCUGUUGCUCGUUUUUACAGUUUUCUGGGAAAUAUCUGCGGGCUCUUAUAGUUUUGGUGGUGGAUAAUCUCAAGCUUCUUUUUCAUAGAAGAAGCUGUCGUGGACGCUGCACUGGACCUGCAUUAGGUGAUGCAAUGGACGGGCCGUCUACUGGUCUGAGAGUCGAAGACCAAGAAGCUAAGAAACAAUGCUUACCCGAAAAUUUCGCAAGCUCUAGCACGUGUGAAAUGGACAACAGUACAGUUUGGUCUCAAAGGAGCAUGGCAUCAGCUCAGUCGCAUGAUUCCCAUAACAAUGUUGGGAGCAGUACAGAGUUUGUAAAUUCUGGACUACUUCUUUGGAACGAAACCCGGAAGCAAUGGGUCGGAAAUAAAACGUCCGAGAGCCAAAAGCGAGUUCGAGAACCCAAAAUAAGUUGGAAUGCUACUUACGACAGCUUACUUACGACGAACAAACCAUUCCCGGAGGCCAUACCUCUAGCUGAGAUGAUAGAGUUUCUUGUUGAUGUCUGGGAGCAGGAGGGCCUGUAUGACUGAGCCUGCUAUUCAAGGGAGUCUCCUAUUGCUUAAACUCAUGCAGCUCGAUUUUUUUCGCUGCCGACCCAUAUCGUCGAUCAUGAACAAUCGCUCACUGCUUAUACUAUACGAAUGUUAGUGUUUAUGUUGAAUUUGAGCUACUCGUUAUGGGAUCGUUUUGAAGGUAUAGUUUUUUAUGUCGAACUUCUGCUACAACUUUUAAAGGAACAAAAACUUUAUAGUUUAAA